AUGGCAAUUCGAACGCAAGAGGAGGGUGAGGGGUUCGAGAGCCUGUCGCUGCGUACUGGUAAUCUGCAGCAGCUUCUGCUGCUGCAACAGCUCGGCCUCCAGUUGCCUUCAGACGACGCACGACUGCUGGAUUUGCAGCGUCAGCUACACGAAGUCACGACGGAGUUGGAUUUCAAGAAGGUCUCCUAUGCGCAGGUUGUGGAGAAGGCGAAGCAGCAAGAUGCAGAACUGCAGAAACGGCAGGCGCAGCUCAAGUCGCAGCUCCAGCGGUUUCAAAAGUUUGUAUACACCAACGAAGAAAAAACAACGCACGCUAACAAAAGGGCCUCGGCAGAGAGGGAAACAAGUCACGCUCGUGAUAAAGAAAUCGCCGUGCUGAAGCGGCAGCUGGCAGUAGAUGAAGUCAAGUGCAAAGGAUUCGAAAUGCAAAAGUUUGCAGAUUACCUGCAAGCCGCCUCGGAAACAAGUCCGGAGUUCACGAGCGUGCGGGACAUCAUUGAGCGGUUUGAAGUGUUGGCUUCCGUUCACUCCAGCCUCCGUCAGAACGAGGAAAGGACAACUCGGAAGAUGGACGCGCUGCGCCAGCAGUUGCAAGAAUACAAAAGGAGCCAAGCAGCCAAGAUCCUUGAGGCGAACAACAAAGUGGCGGAGUAUCAGCGGGAGCUGGAAGCGCUUGAAAAGGAAACAGCGGCUCUAACAGCCAAAGCGGACGAAGCAGACAGAGACUCCUUUAGCAAGUCACUGCACCUCGGAAAGGUUCUACUUGCAGUUGAAAACAUGUAUGCUAUGUGCAUUACCGCUAGGCCCAACAUCCAGCACGGCCGUGCGGCCUGGGAGAGGCAGAGGCGGGAGGCUGCGGCUGAGACGGACGGCGAGGCACAGCAGGAAAAACCCACCACUGAGGGAGCGAACAAUCAGAAAAAGAAAGAAGAACAACAAGAGCAGACAGAGGGUUCUCAAAUGCAGCGGCGAUGCCGUUAUGCGGUGGAAUUAUUGGCUGCCAUUCGUUCCUUUAUCAUGGAUUUCAAAGAUAUCGAAGAGCAAUUGAACAAAGGCGAAAAACGAAAACAAAAAACCAACAGGACAGUCAACAUGGCCGUCGAGAAACCGGACGAAGAUACAGUCGAGUUCGUUGCCACGCGUCUUCUGGUCUCCAUGCGCAGAGAAAACGGCAGUGCAGACGUCAGCAGACGAACCGCAUCAAGGAAAUUUGCUGAUGACAUCAGCUGCUACCAGCAAUCUACCCGCAGCCACCCCGCUUAG